AUGGCCAUUCCUGCCCCAGAGAAACCUCUCCCAACGACACCGUAUUAUUCUGUCGAGUACCCAGGCUAUGUCCAGUCGUCGUCUGUCCCCAUCGCCAUCAAGAAUCUGGGUGGCCAAGCAGCGCUUGAUACCGCGUUCAAAAGGACAGCAUCGAAAGCUGAAGCACAGACGAUCCUUGAACUGAAUCUGCGUCCUGGAAAUCCAUUCUCGCAUCCCAUUAUGGGAGAAGUAGUGCCGACCACUAAUCUCGUCCUGAAAGUGGUGAAACGCAAACGCAAAAAUCGUAUGCAGGUCGAUGGAGAGCAGCUUGGAGAGUACACUGCGGAGGUGAUUGGUACAACCUCUAAGACCGUCCGAUUCCGCAGCAUGGCCGAUUUUCAAUACCAACCGGAUAUGAACGACCCCGUGAGCAAACUGCGAGUCGCAAUGGACAAUUUGGAUGUCGAUGCUAUCCGGUCAUAUGUAGUGCCGCCAGAAAAGGCAGACUACACGGUUCCCAUAUCAGAGCCCACGAGCAUAGAUGUCAACAUCGACCCAGCCUUGACAGGAGCACCAAAUUCCGCGCCUCCGGACAGUCAACCAAUGCGAAGUAACCUGCGCCUUUUCCCACCUCCCCUCUUCAGCCGUCAAGGCUAUCCUCAAAGUUACAACUUUAAAGCCAACCCUGCAUCGAUUGAGACUUCCAUCAUAAACGAAGAAACAGGGGAAGAGAGAAAGCGACUCAUAAACAGAAUGCGAUGGAAAGGAUAUGGCCCCGCAGCCAUCUCCUUCUCGGAUCGCACUGUUCCAGAAAAGCCCUUGAAGCUUGUCCAAGAUGCUCGAAACCAGAUUAGUGAGGCGUUUCACCAAAAAUUACUCGCACUCUUCGAAGAGCGACCGAUCUGGACACGUGCGGCGCUCUUCAGUCAGAUUACAGCGGUUGAAGCUCGGGAUGCUCUGAAUUCAAAAUUGCCACUCGCGUUCGUAUCCUACGUGUUCAACGAUGGCCCAUGGCGAGACACCCUCGUCAAAUUUGGUUACGAUCCUCGCACAGACCCUUCUGCUCGUUUUUACCAACGCUUGUACUUUCGCAAUGCGAAUCAUCCUAUAGUCAAGCCGUCUGUUACGUCGAGACGGCAAGACAGGUCAGCUGCGAAUAUGGACAAUUGGGCGAUAGCGAUUGAAAAUGGUUCGGAACGAGAUCUGGAGCGGAGAAAGUCCCAUAUUUUCGAUGGUCAAACGUUGACCAAAGAAACAGCGGCAUUCCAGCUAUGCGACAUCAUCGACCCUAUGCUCAAGGAGAUGAUUGACGACGAGGAGGACUUGCGAGAAGAGUGCGAUGAACGCGAUGGGUGGUAUUCUAACAGAGCACUGGAACGCAUCAAGAUUGUGCUGCGGCACAAAUUCUUUUCGCUACUCGAUGGCUUAGUUGCCUCAGACGAGGACUGCCAACAACUCUUGAACACGACAGAAAAGAUGUCGGCCAAAAACGCUAAAGACUUGUCUAGUCUACGAACUGUCCGUCUCAGACUUGGCAAACACAACAUGGCGAAAGGCGCGCUACGGCCCGAGGACGCGGCGGCAUUACGCUUGCAAGCAGUGCUCGACAAGAAUCGGCAGCAAAACCGAGCCCAAGCAAAGGAGCCUCAAGAAAAGGAGUCAUGA